CCUAAUACGGAGCACGUUUUUUUUUUCCGGAACCAGCAUCCAGCGACAGAGUGGCCAACUGACCUAGCGGCGUCUUCCUCAGCUAUUUUCCGAAUCCAGCGACCAUUUCAGCGAGUCUGCGGCUUCAGCUCAGCACCUCAAUCCUUAGCAUCAUCAUCUACUCUCUUGUUUGAUUUUAGCUACAAGCCUACAACGCAGCAGCGCAGUCGAAGUGCCCAAGCAAAAAGACCUUCGCCCCGUAAGCCGUCUGGGCCAGUCACCGACCGCCAGACCGCCGUCCGCGCCAGCGCUGAUCCAGGUCUCCGUCACCUAGACUCCAAUCUUGACUGCCAAGUGCCAGAAUAAAUGGAGCAGAGCUCAGUCCAAGAUCAAUGCAAUGGAACAUUCUCUCUGGCAGAUGAAGAUCAUACACUUGCCAAUGCGCUUAGAUUCUCUCUUAAUCAGGAUCCCAGAGUCAUACUUUGUGGGUACAACAUUCCGCAUCCUUCAGAGGCUCGGGUUAAUAUAAGAGUCCAGACUACAGGUGAUCCGGCCGUGGAAGUGCUGAAAGAUGCAUGCCAUGAUCUGAUGCUUAUGUGUGAGCACACUAGGAGCACCUUUGAUCAAGCUCUCGCAAAAUUCAAGAGUGAGAAAGGCAUGAAAUCAAUGAAGUUGGGAAAGAAGUGAUUUGUUGAUGCUCACUCUUCGCUAUCUAUAUAUUGAUGGUAAUUUGUUGCAUAUGUAUUUUUAUGCAAUCUUUUUUUGGGGUUAAUAUCUUGGUUGCUUUUCUCCUCUAAGUAUGUAUGACUUCUUUAACUUUGUCCUUAAAGCUGUAGUAGAUAUUGUGAUCACAACUAUUUUGUUUUCAAAGAAAUGUGAAGCAAAUUAUGUCCCCUUAGAUAACAUUUUGGAACGUUAAAGUUAAAUGCAGAAGUUGUUGUCCGUUGCCAUAAAAGCUCAUAAUAGGA